AUGAAAAACAUGGAUUACAACUGGACACCUGGUCCAGAAGUACCUAAUAACCAGGAAGGCGGCGUUCCUAAGGCGAUCUUCAUUCCUCAUUCAAAUUCUUUGGCAUUUGAUGAAAGACGAGUUACAUUGGAGCAACCAGUCAAGAUUGGACGUAACGUGUAUCGAGCGACGCCCAGCCCUACGAACACAAUCUUCGAAUGCAGGGUUUUGUCUCGACACCAUGCUACGCUCUAUUACGACAAGGGCCACUUUUACCUAGUGGACAAUCAGAGUAGCAAUGGCACGUUUAUAAACAACAAUCGAUGCUCCAUAUCGAAGGAGCAGGAGCCACACGAAGUGUUCUCUGGUGACGUGGUGCAGUUUGGCAUACCGGUCGUGGAAAAUGCCAGUAACGCUGAAAAGAACACGUUUCCCCCUGUCGUGGCACUGCUUAAGCUCUAUCAUCCCGAUGGUAAGGAGGCGAAGCCAUCGUUCAACCCCACCAUGACCACACCGCUGCACCUCAAGGAACUGUAUCAGCUUAAUAAUUUUGUUCAGGAAGCGAUUCAACGUGAAGCAUCGCUAGAAUCUCGUUUGCGCACGUUACGCGAGUGUGUGGAGCGCACGCGUGCAGAGGCUGCCUCGUCUUGGGAACUGUUCGUGGGAGAGCAGCGCCUGCUCAUGCGCGUACAAACACUCGAGACCAUGCUCACCGUCGGGAAACAGCCCGAUCACAACCAAGUAGCACAACUGCUCACUGAUAAGAGGAACUAUCAGGAAGUGGCGCAAGAAAGUCUCCGAGUGGCACAUGAACAGCGGCUGGCUCUAGAGGAGACGCUGGAGCGGCGCAGCAGAGAGGUGGCCGCGCUGCACCAGCACAACUACACUCUCCGACUCACCGCCAACAACGCACUCGCCGAGCUACAGAAGCUGGCGGCGCGCUGCGAGCGCAAGAUGUGUGCGGCGCGCCUCGCCAUCGCCGCUGCCGAGGAGCGCGAGCUCGCCGUCAGGAGCCAUCUUCCACUCGCUUAUUCAGUACAAAACGGUGAAGCGAAGAUGCUGGUCGUGAGCACGGAUAGUAAUAAGCUAGCAGAGGCGAAACGCGGAGGGUCAUUAGAGGAAGCGGUACGAGCCCUACCGGACUAUAUCAAAUUAUUACUGCCACAACAAUUACUCAACAAGGUGGGGAUCAAAACUAUAUCUGCGGAAGGAAAGUCAGCCAAGGAGUUCGAAUUAAUAUUAAAAAAGAAUAAUGUUUAUAAUAACGAAAGUAAAGAGAAACAAAAUACCGAAGACAGCGGCGAAAGUGGCAGCGGUGAAGACAAAAACAGUGAUCCUGAGUCGUGUACUGACGAUGAGAAGCAGUCGCGACUUAAUCACGACCCUGAUCACGAGUCGGAGUGUUCGAGCCAGUUGGACGGUGAAUUACGCCCCGACAACAACGCUAACUCAACCUAUAGCGAGCCUAGUACUAGAGAGGAAUCACCGAGCAAGGCGGGCGUGGAGUAUGCAAACAUUUUGCGAGUGAUGGCGGGUCUCAACGAGGAGAUAAAAGUACUUCGCGAACGCUUGAGCACCGCCAACGCUGACAUCGAACAGCUCCGAGCCACUCGGGACGAGCUACUCGCUGCACAACCCGACGCACAGGAAGCGCCGGCGAUAGAAGCUGACGAUGCGGCCGCUUACCGUUCUCGGAUUGCAGACCUGCAGGCUCAACUAACCCUUUCGACGGUCGCUGAAGAGGCGAACAUCGCUAAGAUUCAGCGAAUGGCCAGUAGCGCAGCCGAAAUGCAAGCUGAACUCGCAUUCCGACCGACGCGAGCGGACAUCGACGAUCUCACGGCGGUCGUGGGUAAACUUCGAUCGGAUCUUCUCGCCAGAGAACAACAGAUAGAGAGGAUGCGAAUCUCAGCUACUUCUACCGUCCGAGAAAAAAAUACGGUAGAGAAGGCCGUCGAGACCGGCGGGUCGCUCGAGGACCUGCGUCGUAUCGGCGACGACGACUCCUCCACGGAGAGGAGCAUCGACACCGGCAAGAUCUCUGCCGAAAUCGACGAGAUGUUCCGUCUCGACUACGAGGACGACGAGGAGACGGACUCCGCCGUCACCGAGAUCAACCGCGAAGAAUUCGACGCCGAAACGCCGCCUACGACCGAAACGGGCGAAACGGAAGAGGCGGACGAGGGCGGGGCGGUGACGAGCGCCGCGGGCGAGUUCGUGCGCCUGGACGACGGGUCGCGGCUGCAGGUGACGCUGCAGAACGGCUCGCUGCACGCGCUGGAGGAGGAGCUGGUGCGCGCCAAGGAGCGCUGGGCCGAGGUGUGCGCCGAGCGCGCGCGCCUGGCCGCGCAGCUCGAGCUGCUGCAGCACAAGGCGCCGCGCCUCCAGCCGCGCCUGCUGCUGGCGCUGGCCGUGCCGCUGCUGGCCGUGUGCCUCUACUACAUGCUGCUGCCGCACAUCUCCUGA